AUGGAUAAGAUCAAGGAUAAACUCAACUCGCUCCGUGCAGAGGCUGACAACGCAGUAGCCCGUGCAGAGGAAGCAGAGACCAAGACCAAGAAGUACGAACAGCAGCUUCUUGAGAGGGACCAGGAGAUCACCUCUCUCACCCACCGCAACGCUGUUCUUGAGGAGGAGCUCGAGAAGGCCGAGGGCAAGGUCAACGAGCUCAAGGCCGCCAACCAGGAGGGCGAGGGCGCGCGCACCACCAACGAGGGUCUCAACAGAAAGAUCCAGCUUCUUGAGGAGGAGCUCGACGCGGCAGAGAAGAACGUCAAAGAGACUAUGGAGAAGCUGCGUCAAGUUGAUGUCAAGGCGGAGCACUUCGAGCGCCAGGUGCAUGUCCUGGAGCAGGAGCGCGACCAAUGGGAGAAGAAAUUCGAGGACAUGCAAGAGAAAUACAAGAAGUCGAAAGGCGAACUCGACGAACUUGUGUCCAGCAUGGAAGGCCUCUAG